ACAGCGCACUUUCGGCCACAAUUCAGUCCGCAAGCGUCUCUCCCUCGUGACAGACGACAGGACAGACAUGUUUUCUGUGUAGCGACAAAAUUGUAUCGACAUUUCGAAUAGUUUGUAUGACGUGGUGAUAUUUCCAACGACUUGGUGGUAUCGUGUCGUUUGUGCCCGACUGUACUUUGUGUACUCUUGUACGCGACUGUACUUUGUGUACUCUUGUGCGAAUUCAGUGGUACUGGAGAAUAAGUUACAAGUGCGUUUUUGCGGGAAACUGAGAAAAUGUGGCCGCCGAGAUUGGUCAGAUGGACAGUUACUGUCCUCCUGAUUGUAGCUGUGAUAACACCCACCUCAGAUUCUACAAAUGUCCGUAGAAGACUUCGGAAACCUAGCAAAGUGUCAACAUCAUCAACCAGCGUAUCAAGGUCUACAGAUCAGAUGAUAUCAGCAAGUGUCAACAGGCCUAAGAUACGUGGUCGACCGAUACUAGCGAGUCGAAAGUCAACGGCAGCUCUAGACAAUUCCGUCAGUACUGAUGAACAUAAGAACAAAGAUGGAUACAAGAUCGUGUGUUACUACACAAAUUGGUCUCAGUAUCGUACAAAAAUCGGAAAAUACGUACCAGAAGAUAUCCACCCCGAUCUCUGUACACACGUUAUCUUCGCCUUCGGAUGGCUUAAGAAGGGAAAACUCAGCUCCUUUGAGUCCAACGAUGAGACGAAAGAUGGAAAGACAGGACUUUACGAUAGAAUUAACGCAUUGAAGAAAGCUAAUCCUAAAUUGAAGACAUUACUCGCUAUUGGUGGCUGGUCAUUUGGUACGCAGAAGUUCAAAGAAAUGUCAGCGACUAGGUACGCGCGUCAAACCUUCAUAUACUCGGCUAUACCGUACCUCCGCGACAGGAACUUCGACGGUCUCGACAUCGAUUGGGAGUAUCCUAAAGGAGGAGAUGACAAGAAGAACUACGUGCUGCUUUUAAAAGAACUGAGAGAAGCAUUCGAAGCAGAAGCUCAAGAAGUAAAGAAGCCGCGUCUCCUGCUCACCGCAGCUGUACCUGUUGGUCCUGACAACAUCAAGAGUGGUUAUGAUGUGCCUGCUGUUGCUAGCUACCUGGACUUUAUCAACGUGAUGGCGUACGAUUUCCACGGCAAGUGGGAGCGGGAGACCGGACACAACGCGCCGCUCUACGCACCCUCCUCAGACUCUGAGUGGCGCAAACAGCUCUCAGUGGACCACGCAGCACAUCUCUGGGUGAAACUGGGAGCUCCUAAAGAGAAGCUUAUCAUAGGUAUGCCGACGUACGGACGAACCUUCACUCUCUCCAACACUAACAACUUCAAAGUGAAUUCCCCGGCGAGUGGGGGGGGCAAGGCGGGCGAGUACACAAAGGAGAGCGGCUUCCUCGCUUAUUAUGAGGUUUGUGAAAUGCUACGUAAUGGUGCCGCGUAUGUCUGGGAUGAUGAGAUGAAGGUGCCGUAUGCUAUCCAUGGUGAUCAAUGGGUCGGCUUCGAUGAUGAAAAGUCAAUCAGAAUUAAGAUGAGAUGGAUCAAAGACAACGGUUUCGGAGGCGCAAUGGUGUGGACUGUGGAUAUGGACGACUUCAGCGGAGAUGUCUGUGGCAAUGACGUCAAAUAUCCACUUAUUGGUGCUAUGCGUGAGGAACUUCGUGGUAUCUCUCGAGGUAAAGACGCGAAAGACGUUGAUUGGUCUACUGUCGCUGAGAGUGUUGUUAUCGACGUCACAGAGAAACCUCAGCCGAUAAAAAUCAGCUUAAGUGAUGUACUUAGCAAAGUUAAGAAACCCACCAAGACUAUUAUUGUCAAGAAUGCUAACUCACCACUCGCUGAUAAGAACAAACGUGAAGCUCAAGUUCUCUGUUACUUGACAUCCUGGUCAUCGAAGAGACCAAGCGGAGGCAGAUUCAUGCCAGAAAACGUUGACGCCAAUCUUUGCACGCACGUCAUCUUCGCGUUUGCUACUCUCAAAGACCACAAACUAGCGGAAGCCGAUGAAAAAGACGCUGAUAUGUACGACAAAGUUGUUGCGCUUAGAGAAAAGAACCCUAACUUGAAGAUCCUUCUAGCUAUUGGUGGCUGGGCGUUCGGCUCGACCCCCUUCAAAGAGCUCACAUCUAACGUAUUCCGUAUGAACCAGUUCGUCUACGAAGCUAUCGAAUUCCUCAGAGAUUACCAGUUUAAUGGACUUGAUGUCGAUUGGGAGUAUCCGAGAGGAGCUGAUGACAGAGCUGCUUUCGUCUCCUUACUUAAAGAACUUCGACUGGCUUUCGAAGGAGAAGCUAAAACUUCAGGACAACCGAGAUUAUUGCUGACAGCCGCUGUGCCAGCCUCAUUCGAAGCUAUAGCCGCUGGAUACGAUGUGCCAGAGAUAUCCAAAUAUCUGGACUUUAUCAACGUGAUGACGUACGACUUCCACGGUCAGUGGGAACGGCAGGUAGGACACAACAGUCCUCUAUUCCCUCUAGAAAGUGCUACCAGCUAUCAGAAGAAACUGACUGUGGUAAGUUCAUAUAAAAACUAACUACAUAACUUUCAG